AUGGCUCCCACAGCACACACACCCCUGCCUCGGUCCCGGGCUAGCUCGCUGCCCACGACAGAACGCCCAAGCUUCCAUGCCGACAGGCCAUACGACCUUGCCACAACAUCAGACCACAGCCAGCUGAAGCACGUGGCGGCUCCUGCAAGCAAGUCAUCGCACAGAGGAUCGGGAGGCGACGGAGACACCAAGCUGCCGGAAAGGAUGCACCGACAGGACUCUGGCUAUGCUUCCAUUGACCCCCGGUCACCGUCGCUGUCCCGGACAAGCACGCGGCGGCAGUCGUCGUUUACGAAUCCGGCACGGGCGUCGUCAUCGUCAAAUCACGUGAACCGCGUCGGAACCGCCACCCGUCGACCAUCCAAGGCCGGCCUGGCCACGAGACCGCCCAUUAGCUCCAAGCGCAGUCGCCCCACCCACAACACAUCGGCCCCGGCUCUGUACAGCUACGGCAACAACAGCACCUAUCACGAGCCUUUUCCGAGAGCGAGAGCGCCCAGCGGUGGCGUCGAUGCUGAGCCUCCUGUCAGCGUCGAGAUGGACAAGGAGACAACAGAGGAAGAAGCCUAUCCGAGCCCACCGCAGACGACACACUACUGGACCAGCGACCAGACCAGGCGGCUGGAGUACGCGGCCAUCGAUGCAGCCAGCCAGGGCUUCAAGGGCUGGAUGUUGCGCCACGUUGUGCCCGAGUGUUUCGUGCCCAAAGAUUUGCUGCGGCCUGCGUUUGAGGACGAGACGGGCAGUGUGCGCCGCUAUCGGCUCGAGCUAGCAACCGACGACUUGGCCAGCAAGGCAGGCGAGCACUGCCCCGAUGUGGUGGAGACUAGCGAGAAGAAGAAGGGCUGGCGUGACGACGACGAGACCGACGAAGACUUGACAUUUGCAUUUCGCAUCUAG